UGGAAUUUUGACGGCUAGAUCGAUACCUUUAAUUUUUGCUGUUAUUUACAUAUUCUGUUACAGUAUAUGUACUAUUUAUCAAUAAAAAUAGCUUACCAUAAUGAUGGAACCUAUUCCUAGCAUCGAAGUUAUUACAAAACCUAUGAAAGACCCGUAUAUGCUCAGGGCAUGUCGAACUUGCUUAGCGACGGAAGCAAAACUGUUUGAUUUACACGAAAAUGGAUUUGCUGACUCUCUUGGCAGUAUUGCUGGGACCCCGGUGUCACUCACAGAUGGUCUACCGCAGUACAUCUGCUACUACUGCAUAGCGCUGCUCAAGAAGUCUUCGGAGUUCCGUCUGCAAUGCAGGAAGGCGCACUUCUUUCUCCAGGACACCCUUCUGCAGAAACUGGAGGCCACAACAGAAUGCAUAAGCUGUCUCGACCGCACACACUUCGCUAAGCCUUUAACCGUAGCAAAAGUGUUUGUAGAUUCAAAAUAUUGGGAUAGUAAUGGGUUUCCAAUAGACUUUAAAUAUGAUGAACCGACAGCGGUCCCAGAGAUGUCCGAUAUUAAAGUAGAAGCGUUGUUACUGGAUGAAACUGACAAUGAUGAUCAGAUGGACAACUGUGAUGAUCAUUUUGACUACGAUCAUCUAGACAAUGAUGAUAUGAUGAAAACUGAUGACAAAUCUGAAAAGGAACUCGAUGACGUCAACGAUUCAAACGAAGGCAUCAUGGACAUCAUACAGAUAUGCGAAAAGAAGAAAGACAAAAAGAAAAAGAGUUCGACUAAAAAGAAGGAACGGACGAAAAGAGAACGAAAAGUGGUGAAGGUGGCAAAGGAAAGGAAGAUAGCGCAGAAGAAAGAGCCAGUUAGCAAAAGAAAGAAGGAAAACAAUCUAUCGGCCGACGGGAUUACAAUAACAACUCACAAUAAAUACAAUCAGAAGUUAGAAGAAGAUUUUGUUAUGUUUUCAAAGAUGUACAAUGUUGAAGUUGUGUUUCUAACCAAGGAGCAGCAACAGAAGAAUGUUGAAGACAGAAAGAACAGCAAGCAGUACAAAAAUAGUUUGUUCUCUUGUGACUUGUGCUUCAAAGGGUUUAUGUCAGAGCAGGCUUACAAAAGGCACAUGAAAGGACACGACCCGAGCCGUGGUAACCUGGAGUGCGAUGUGUGCCACUACCGGUUCAACAACAAGCAGACCAUGUACGGCCAUAUGCAGCAUCACAAGAGGGAGUACAUCUGCAAGAUAUGCAACCAGCUGAACAAGUCCACAUCGAGAGCAAAAUUACAUUUCAAGUGGCACGAGGGCCAGAAAUUUGAAUGCACUUAUUGUAAUAAAAAAUUCAAUUUCAAAAGCACCCACGUGAACCACGUGAGGGAGAACCACGCGGUGGUCACGUGUAACGUCUGCGGGGGGACACUGGAGGGGACCAACGCACUCGCCAAACACAAAGCUGAGAUGCAUUCCAAGAUAACACAGUGUCCAACUUGUGAGAUUGAGUUCUGUAGCGUGGAAGCUUUGAACUCUCACCGAAGCACAGAGGACGGUUGUAACACUGAAAUGAGGCCGUGUCUUGCGUGCGGCCUCAAUUUCCUGACUCCCGAUGAGCUGGACCGCCACUUGCUGGAGGCCAAACACAAGGAGCUUAUAUUCAAAUGUCAGUCGUUCCAGUGCAGCGCGACGUUCACGUCGGAGCGCAAGCUGGGUGCGCACCGCUCCGUGAUCCACGGCGAGCGCCAGCCGCGCGGCGAGUACCCGCGCGUGCGCCGCCCGCCCGCGCCCCCCGCCGCCGGCGCACAUCUCAUGUGCGAGUUCUGUGCCAAGAGCUACCCCACAGCCGUUCAGCUGAAGUAUCAUCAGCGCGUGCAUACAGACGAGAAACCAUAUCGAUGCCCGCUCUGCGUGAAGAGUUUCCGCACAUUAGCUGGACUGAAGGUUCACGUGAACACCCACACAGGCGAGAGGCCGUUCAAGUGUCGCCUGUGUCCGGAGACAUUCAAGUCCUACUCGCAAAAAUACAAACAUCGACUCAUGGUACACACAAAGGAGCGACCACACAAAUGCCACAUGUGCGACAAAUCCUACUUCGUCUCCUGCGAUCUCAAGAUGCAUAUACAGUUCGCGCACAUGCACGUCCCGCGCCCGCACAGGAACAGAAACAGAAACAAAAACAUAUGCAAAUAACACCAAAAUAACAUUAAUAUAUGGUCAUUAUAACACACGAAGAUGGACGAAAUUGGCUAUCGGACAGAUAACCGUCACUAAUUAUCACGAUAUUGGUUUUUAGUGAUGACGAAACGGUGAUGGUUCGUACGAUGUAGAAGGUAAACCAUCACUUAAUAUCACCGUAUUGGUCAUUAGUGUUGACGAAACGGUGAAAGACAGGAAACCGUCACUUAAUAUCACGAUAUUGGUCAUUAGUGAUGACGAAAUGGUGAUAGACAAUAAACUACCACUUAAAAUAUCACGAUAUUGGUCAUUAGUAAUGACGAAACGAUGAUGGACAAUUAACCAUAACUUAAAUUAUCACUAUAUUCCUCAUUAGUGAUGACGAAAAGGUACUAGACAGUAAAUCAUCACUUAAUAUCAAGAUGUUGGUCAUUAGUGAUGACGAAGUGGUGAUAGACAAUAAACCAUUACUUAAAAUAUCACGAUAUUUGUCAUUAGUGAUAACGAAAAGGUAAGUCAUCACUUUAUAUCAAGAUAUUGGUCAUUAGUGAUGACGGAACGGUGAUAGACAAUUAACCAUCACUUAAAAUAUCACGAUAUUCGUCAUUAGUGAUGACGAAAAGGUACUAGACGGUAAACAAUAACUUAAUAUCACGUUAUUGGCCAAUAGUGAUGGCGAAACGGUGAUGAUUAUUAUGAUUGACCUAGAAAAUAUAAUUGCUUAUCAUCAGCCGGAAAUUAUCCACUGCUGGACAUAUGCCUCCCAUAAGGCUUUCUUUUCUAUAAAGGACUUUCCAGGCUACAUUCAUCAAAAACAAUAUAGAUGGCGCUGUACAGAUUUCCAUUCGUUUUUCUAAGUUCAUAGAUAAUAGACAUAUGCAUCUUUUAUCUUUGUUUUUGGGUAUAAAUGAUGACCCUUGUUAUUACACCCAGGCUCAACACAUGUUCCACCAAAAUAAAGAAGCAAUAUCAAGCAAUAAUUUUGAUAUAUACCUCGGCCAUUACAUUAUAUUUGUGAAAAAUUAUGUAACCGAACAAUGAGAAAAAAGUAAUUAUCACGUAAAAUCUGUACAACGCAACGCUAUAUAGAUAGCGUUGUUUUUAGGGAACGUAGCCUAGAAGCCCCCACAUUAUUGUUUGUAAAUAUAAAUAAGUUACGGACUUUGUAAAUAAAUAUUAAAUACCAUGUC